AUGUGGGACCGGCUGCGGGGCAGUCGGGCGGCGGGCGGCGGCCGGAGCGCGGCCGCGAUGGCGCAGCGCGACGAGAAGGGGCCGGCGGGGGAGGAGGGGGCGGCGGCGGUGGGCGAAGGCGACCCGCGGACCGCGGCCGGCGACGGGAACGAGCGGGGGCCGAGCGGGGCCGCCGCGCCCUUCCAGCCGCCCGAGGGGGGCUUCGGCUGGGUGGUGGUCUUCGCUGCCGCCUGGUGCAACGGCUCCAUCUUCGGCAUCCACAACUCCUUCGGGAUCCUCUACAUGAUGCUGCAGAGCGACCUGGGCGAGGAUAAUAAGGACCCCGCGCUGGAGUUCAAAACAGCAUGGGUCGGCUCCUUGGCCAUGGGUAUGAUUUUCUUCUGCUCUCCCAUCGUCAGCAUCUUCACUGACCGGCUCGGCUGCAGGACCACGGCAGCCUCAGGAGCUGCCAUUGCCUUCAUCGGACUCCUCUCCAGCUCCUUCACCAAGUCUCUGGAAGUCCGUUACUUCACAUACGGGAUCCUCUUUGGCUGUGGCAGCUCCUUUGCCUUCCAGCCCUCCCUCGUCAUCCUCGGUCACUACUUCAAGCGCCGCCUUGGCUUGGCCAACGGCAUCGUGGCCGGCGGCAGCUGCCUCAUCUCCGUGCCGCUCCCCUUCUUCCUGAAGAUGGUUGGGAAGGCCAUCGGGCUGGCACAUACUUUCCAAGUACUCAGUGCCUUAAUGCUCAUCCAGAUAUUCCUGUCCUUGACCUACCGGCCCAUCUUGCCACCUUCUUGUGACUCUAAGCACCAUGGGCAGGACAAGCUGGGCAGCCGGAGCGUGCGGCAGCAGUGCUGGGCCCAAACCCGCAAGUACUUCAGCCUGAGGGUCUUCAGGAGAAAGACCUAUCGGAUCUGGGCCUUUGGGAUCGCCACCGCUGUCCUGGGAUAUCUCGUACCUUACAUGAACCUGGUAAAAUACGUGGAGAAGCGAUUUCAGGAGACCAAAAAGGACUGGAUCCUCCUGGUCUGCCUCGGAGCCAUGUCAGGGCUGGGCCGCUUGGUCUCAGGCCGCAUCGGCGACUGCAUUCCUGGGCUGAAGAAGAUUUACCUGCAGGUUGCAUCCUUCAUGCUGUUGGGCCUCCUGUGCAUGAUGAUCCCCCAGUGCCAAGGCUUUGAGGGCGUCAUUGUCAUCUGCCUCUUCCUCGGCCUCUGCGAUGGCUUCUUCACCACCAUCAUGGCCCCCAUCGCCUUCGAGCUGGUGGGGCCCAUGCAGGCAUCCCAGGCCAUAGGAUACCUCAUGGGGCUGAUGGCUGUGCCCAUGACCGCGGGUACACCCAUAGCAGGAUACCUCAAUGAUUACUUUGGGAAUUACGACGCAGCCUUUUACUUCGCCGGGGUUCCCCCUAUCGUGGGUGGUUUGGUGCUCGCCGUCGUCCCGCUGGUCCAUCAGAGGAUGCUGAAGAAGCAGCGCCUGGAUUCGGGCAAAGACAAGAUGCUGGUCUCGGAGGCAGUGGUGAACGGGGAGAUGCUGCCGGGCUGUCCCUCCUCUGAAGCCCCCAUGUAGCCACCUCCUCCGCUCGCCAACACUCAGUUGCCACCAGCAGCCUCUGGGUAGCCCAAGCACAGGCCCUUUUCUAGACGGACCGUAAUUCUCCACGAUCGCAGCUGCACUACGUUUGUAAAGGAAAAACAGAAAUCCCACACAAAGUUCUUCUGGUUAAAGGCUUUUAACUAGCAGAAAGGCUCUUUUUUUUUUCAUCAGGACAGUUUUGAUCUCAAAGCCACCUUUUUGGAGGUUUGGUUUUUUCCCCUCUAACCAUUUUUCUAAGGAGAACUCUCAGCAGGAUUCAAACUCCAUCCGUCUCCUGCUCCUCCCCUCCGGUUUUCUAUACGUCACAACAGAGGUUUACAGCUAAAAAUGCCUUUUUAAAGCAGGCCACAGAUGGAGCUUGUUGAACCUUGCAACUGUCCAUCCUUCACCUCCAGUUUCUCUGGGGUCUCACGUCCAAGACAGCCCCCUCCCCAUCCAGUCCAGCACUGGGGGCUGGUGUGGAGCCAGCAGAUCUGCGGGAUGAAACGCUGCUUUAGGCCGAGGCACAAACCAAAUAGGUGGUCAACAAGUCCCUCUUUAAUCUUCUCCUUUUCUGCUGCUCUCCCACACCCCCAGGGAGCUGCAGCUGGGACUGUGGGGAGCUCGGCUGGCCCUGGUCCUGCUGCCCUCAUCAAACAGAGCCACGUUCCUGCAAAAUAAUGCCUUAAAAAUGCAUGGACAAGACCAGCAGGUCCCUCAGCCACCUUUCUGCCUCUGUUUUCUCACCCAGCAACUAAUGAUGGGGUUUUGGAGGUGCAAAGGAGAGAGGCAGCUCCCUGUGGCUGGCUCUGCAAGGAGAAAACCAUGGGCAAGCCACCAAGAUGAGCACGUGAGAGGCAUCAAGGCUCACAGGGUCAGGAGAGAGCCUCGUGUCAUGGGUUGACAGGAGGUGGCUUCCCUGCACACAGGGAUGCUCGAUGCAGUUGGUUUGGGGCACAGGACACCCACAGAUGGGGGAGUGCAGUUGAUUUAGGGCACAGGGGCACCAUGGAUGUGGGGAUGCAGUUGGUUUGGGGUACAGGAGCACCCAUGGAUGUGGGGAUGCAGUUGGUUUGGGGUACAGGAGCACCCAUGGAUGUGGGGAUGCAGUUGGUUUGGGGUACAGGAGCACCCAUGGAUGUGGGGAUGCAGUUGGUUUGGGGUAUAGGGUGUCACCAUUAACUCUCUUUUGGGGCUGGUUGUGUGUUAUGCAGCAAUAAGCAUGAGUCAGUAUUGGCAGGGGAAACCUGGGUUUAACUCCCUCCCCAGUGUUUAACCCACAGCCUGUGUGAGGCUGUGCAGAGCAGGUGCAGGGUCAGCAGAGGAAGAGGGGGAAGAGCUGAAGGAAGCAGCAGAGCCCAUGGGUUCCCACCACUCAGAGCAAAGGCAGAGCUCAGCCUCGUGCAGAAAUCCAUCAUCUUGGCAUCACUAAUGAGCAUGGCACACAGCAAGGGAGGUCCUCCUGUCCCACUGGCUCCCCGUGUGAACAUGGUGCCAGCUGGUUCUGGGGGACCUUUUCCUGGAAAUAGCAAGCCAGGAGAGAGAGAGACAGAGAGAGAGCAAGAAACAAAGGUCCCAUUUAUCCUGGCUGCAAACCCAUCCUUCAUUGGAUUUCUUUCUUUCUCAUUUUAUUCACCUGCCACUAAAAGCAAAUGAGAAGGCUGAAGAGGGACAUGUGCCCUGGGACUCAUCCCUUGGGCCCUGGCUGAGUGUGGGGUUUGGAACACCAAGACAAACCUUUGCUGUGUGACACGUGGUCUCAGUGGCAGCCCCUCUGCCACCUUUUGUAUAUAGGCUCAGGAUCCUGCAUGUCCCUCUGGCCCUGGUCUUAUUCCCUGUUGGAUAAUAAUUCAUUGUGUGGUCUUGUGGCCCUUCAGUCCCUGUGCAAGCUGGAAAAUGAACUGGUGUGUGGUGACGUGUCUGUCUGACUAUAAACCCAGAUGUCUGUUUGUCUCUUUCUUCGAUAACGCUUUCCUGUGACUGUUGUUGCCCUUAUUGCAUCAUCUGCUGCAGCCCUGCUGACCCAUGGCUUGGGUUAGGAUGCAAGGCACUAGCCACAAUGCCCCUUGCCUUGGGGCUGGCCAGGUUUAGCUCAGGGCACGGCAUUAGUGAUGCUUUCCAGGUGGAUGUGUUGGCAGUGAGGCAUCUCCAAAGCCAUCUGACAGUGGAAGGAAAGAAGCCCACUCUGCACUGUGACUCCUCCAGUGAGUGUGGGGGCUGUUACUCACAUCAGAGUUCACUUAAGUUCUUUAAAUCAUAUUUUUUACCUUAAUUACACCCAAAGGAGAGUUUGUGAGGGACUUAAGAAGUAGCUUUGUCAGACCAAGAAGAGAAUGAGCAGAGCUGCCUCCAAACCAGAUGUGGCCUGAGCACGGCAGAGCACACCGCUGGCUGCUCUCAGCUCUGCGUCCUAAGGCAAUUUAUGGUUCAAAUCCCCAGCUUCUGCAGCUUUCCACUUGCCUUAAAUGCUCCUCACUGCCUGCAAAGGGCUUUGUCCUGGGAGGAGCCUGGAUUGGGUGCAGUGAGUGCUUAAUGCUGCAGCAGCAUCAGAGCCAGCGCUGUCCCCAGGAGGGAUGGUGGGACCCACCUUCACACCCCCCACUAAACUUUGGUCUUUGCCCAUAGCUCUUAUUAUCAACUUUCUAGGAGAUUUCGAGUGAUGAGGUGCAUUCAUAGACCACAAUCUGGUUGGAGGAAGCCACUCCUCAUCCCAACCCUGACCUAAGUGUGGUACCAGCCUCCCUAAAAGCACUCUCAGCAUCUUUGUCCAGUGGAGAUCCUGCUCUUGGUGAAGACGAGGGCAAAUCCUGCAGGCAUGUUUGAGCAACAGCAGUGAGAGGUUCACCUCAUCUGCAAGCACAGAUGGGAAGGGCAAAGGUUGAAGCAGUGUGUCAACACAGAGGGGAGUAUUUUGGGGGUUGUUUGGCAGCCCCACGCCACUGCCAGGCCUGUGUCGGCUGCCCCUUGAGUACUGGGCAGCCUUGCAAGAGCUUCUGUGGCAUGUGAGAGGUGGGAUUGUGGCCAUCUGAGUGUCUAUAAACAAGGAGGAGUUGCCUCAGUCUCUGAAACAGCCAUUUAACCUGUUGGAGUAUGGUGCUGGGAUGCCAAGUAGGUCCCUCCUGUUGCAAAAAAACUUCAUCCCCAAACCCUUCCUUGUCUCUUCCCAUCAGGAUCUGCUGGUUCUCACCUGGCACGUCCAUGUCCUCCUCUGGGUGGGCGAGGGCUGAACUGGCAGCAGUGUUCACACUGGCAAUGACUUCUCCCUCCCCAGUGAGUGAUUCCUGGGCUUCUCCUUCCCCACUGAAUGAUUCCUGGGCUUUCCCCUCCCUGGGCUGUGAUUCCUGUCCCGCUCCCUUGCUGGAGAGGGGAAGGUGGUGUCUGACACCCCGAGCUAGGCCAUUCUGGGAGCCAUUCUGGGAGCCAGUGAUGGCACAGGAGCCCCUUGGGUGGGAAAGGGUGGAGGAGAGCCAGGAGAGAGCGGCUUUGCCCUGUGCCCAGGGUGUCUGGGGAGCUGCAGGCGUGUGAGUAGCUUUAUGUAAGCGCACAGCAAGCGGCAGGACAUGUCCCAGCAGCGCCCUGCUCGGGGCUUGGCUGGGGCUGCCUUGCUAAAUCUUUAGCUUGAGGGUGUUCAAAAACAAGUUGUUGUCUUCUCUUUUUUUGUUCCCCUUUUUUCUCUCCUUUUUGGUUUUUUUCCCUCCCUCCUGCAGAGUGAGGCACCAGCUUUAACUCCUCUUGCUCUGGCUGAGAGGUGGUGGAGUGGGACAGCCAAGAUGAAAGGGCUGGAGGGGGGAUUAAGUUGUGUUUUCAGCCUUUCAGGGCUACCCAGUGAUGGGAAGCCUGGCAAGGGCAAGUGCCAUGCUUCAUGGCUUCAUGGCUUCAUGGCUUUAGGGCUUUUAUUUUCCAGUUGUGAAACAAAGCUAGAACCAUCUGUGGGAGCUGCUGCUUUGCCAUGUGCCCUGCCCUGAGGUCCUGUGGCCAGGGAAAUACUCAUGUCUAAGUCACAUAGCCUAAAUGUAACAGUUCUGGCAGCUCAUUGGCUGGGGUUGAGGUUUCCUAACCUUUCCCUGCUGUGGGGAGGCCACCUUCAUCAAAGCUGGAGGGCUUUUGCAGGUCUGCUGCAUUGCUGUGGGUUUUGGGGACCCCCCCAGUUUCAAGACCUUUUGGGGCUGCCAGUUUGGCAGCUUCAUAACCCUCUGGGCUGAGCUGCCUGGUCUGGAGGAGCUGGGAGAGAGAGGUGAGCUGCAGCUGGCCAAGGACAUUCCUGCCCCUCCAACCUGUGACAGUGCUCCUGGAGGACUUUGCCCAGUGGUCAGGGGUCUCUUUUGGCAUUGGUACGUUGGUGCUCAGUCUGGGCAGGCUGAGUUGGUGCUGAGGAUCUCAUCUACACUUGCUCAGAUCAUUCCAAGGAGGCUUCAAGUGGACACUUGCAUCUCUGUGUGGCCCUACAGUCACACCUCAGAGUAACAAUCUGCUUAAAGGUAAACUUGGACAACAUUCUCUGGACAUGGAAGGGGGGAGAUCCAGCUGAGACCCUCCCUGUCCCUCCAUCCUUUGCUGCAAACUGUUUCCCAGCAUUCACAUGCCUCUCUACCCAACCAACCUUUGUUUGGGGGUUACCUUGGUUAUUUUAGCUUCACUAAUUUUCACACUGGCAGAGAUUGCUUCUCCUUAUCCAGCUGGAAGCAGAACACAGGGAUGACUCUCAGAGCCUUGGCUCCUUUGCCAUGGCAAGUGGGGCAGCCCCAAAACCUGCACUCGGGCAGCUCUUUCAGGCUUCUUUUCUUUUAAAGCUGGUCAGUGGUUGGAUUUUAUGAUCUUAAAGGUCAUUUCCAACCAAAACUGACUCUAUGAUUCUAUAAAAUCUCAGCUGCCCUUGUAACCUUUGGGGAGAAAGAUGUGCUUGACAGGUGCUCCUGCUCUGCACAAUGCCAGGUGGGGAUGGAGCUGGCAGAGGGGCUCCACCUGCAAGCAACAAACUAAACAAGCUGUUUCCCUUCUUAUUGAGAACCCAUGGAGGGAAAGCAGCCAUGGGGAUGGAUGGAGCUGUCAUCCCUGUGCAGCUCUGAGUGGGUUUUGUUAUUGAGGGCUCCAGGGAUGACCCUCCCCACGUCCAGGAGGGCUGAGCAUGGCUCCAGCUGCGUUAUCAGCUUGGCACAGCAGCAUGGUGGACUUUAGUCGUGGUGACAGCAAGGUUAUCGCUGGCCUUUGGCAGGCUCAGCCCCAACAACCCCUUUUAGAGGGGGUGGGGAUGUGUUUUCUUUGGCAAAUGCUGCAGUGCCCUUAGUGCUCUCACCAAGGACAGACGCUGCGAGUUGCUCCCACGUCUCCUCUUCUGUGAGCACAGGUUUGGGUCCUUGCUCCUGGCAGAGCUCAGGCAGGAAAGGACACACAGUCCCUCGUGUUUUCUGCCAAACAUGGCUUUGGGGGGUGGUUUCAUUCCUCCAGGGUUUCUUCUCUUUUUGUAACAUACUCCCCAGUGCUCACCCUACCUGCAGCCAGCGAGGAAGCUCUUAACCAUAGCACUAGAGACAAGACUUUGGCUCAAUUUUACUAAGGAAUGAAGCUUUUUUUUUCCCCCUUUGUUUUGACCAUUUUGAAGUGUGGUGUGUAAAGAUGAGUUGUUUACUGGAGCAGGUUUUGCUCUGUCUCUGGUUGGUGACCAGAUUGCCUGAAUGCAGUCGGGUUUUUUUGGCUGCCGAGUGCAUUCAAUCAAAUCAUUUCGGGGAAAGAACAGAACUUCUCAAGGCCCUGAACUUUCCCAGCAGAUCCUGUUUCAGUCAUUUGAAGCCAUUAAAGCCUGAGACAGGAGUGGUUUUUUAGGGGGAGGCUGAAGGCAAUUUGGAAAUUACCCUGCUCUCCCUCCCCUGCCCUGAAAUCCAGGAGGGUGAAGCCAAAUGUCUCCUUUCGGAUGGGUGGAUUUUGGAGCUGAUUCCACGUAAGAGCCCUGGAGUGGAGGCUUGAAUUUGGGCCAUUUUGGGUAAGCCAUCAGACUGAUUGUUUUUAAAGCAGGAUCUCCAAGCUGGCUGCAAUCAACCCCUGGUUAGUGGAUCUUGAUGCCCUGACUUUCCCAGCCCUAUUGCUGUCAGCAUUGGCUGAUGGAUUUGAUGAUUGGCUGAGGGAGAGCAUCAGCAUCACUGGUGGCAAAACUCCUGCCCAUGGGGUUUUUUGAGGCAGGGUACCAAUGUGCUGGGAAUUCUCACCCUCCCCACGUCUGUAGCCACUAGAAAGGCUCAUUAAAGCACCACUGAGAGCUUUACAACCCCAUAUUUAUCAGGGUGCUCGGGGCUGUGUGUCAGCAGGAGCCGUGCUUGGUGCCUGGCGUUGCAGAACCAGUGGCCUGAAAGCAGCUGCUCAAUUCAAAGCACAAACCAGACUCUGAAGUCCAAAGUUACCCUUUUUUUUUACCCCCCUCCCCCCACUUUUUUGGACAUCUGCUCCCUGUAAAACAAUUUCUAUUCCCUUCAAUUUUAUAUCUGCAAGUAAAGUAUUUGAACACGUGUCUUAGGAGUACGACUGUCCUUUCCAAGUGUGACUUGCUGAUUGCUGGUAUAAAGUAACAAACCCCCAAACAAACCCCAGCCCUCUCCCAUAUUAGCACAUUUCUUUUUGUAAUUCAUGUUUUCUGAAUGUUGUUUAUAUAUAUAAAAAAAUAAACAUGUAGAAUAAAACCAGUUGAGAAAGAAAA